AUGUUGAAAUCUCCUACCACAACUACUACGGAGACUCCAACCGCAACAACAACCAUCACCACUACGACAACAACAACAGAAACCCCAACCACAACCACAGAAUCUCCUACCACAACCACUACAUCAACAACAUCCACUGUAAGCCCAACCACAACAUCUCCUACCACAACCACUACAUCAACAACAUCCACUGUAAGCCCAACCACAACAUCUCCUACCACAACCACUACAUCAACAACAUCCACUGUAAGCCCAACAACAACAGAGACACCAGCGCCAACCACAACAACAGGAAGCACAACCCCAAUCACAACAACCACCAGCACUACAACAACAACAACGACCACUACUACAUCAACAACAUCAACUGUAAGCCCAACAACAACAGAGACACCAACCACAACAACUACCACCACCACUACGACAACAACAGAAACUCCAACAACACCACCACCAACCACAACAACAACAGGAAGCACAACCCCAAUCACAACCACAACCACCACCACCACUACGACCACUACAACAACAGAAACUCCAACCACACCUACAACAUCAACUGUAAGCCCAACAACAGAGACACCAACCACAACAACUACCACCACCACUACAACAACAACAGAAACUCCAACCACAACCACUACACCUACAACAUCAACUGUAAGCCCAACAACAACAGAGACACCAAUCACAACAACAACCAUCACCACUACGACAACAACAACAGAAACCCCAACCACAACCACAGAAUCUCCUACCACAACCACUACAUCAACAACAUCCACUGUAAGCCCAACCACAAGAUCUCCUACCACAACCACUACAUCAACAACAUCCACUGUAAGCCCAACCACAACAGAGACACCAACCACAACAACCACUACCACUACUACAACUACUGAAACCCCAACACCAACAACACCAACAACAACAGGAAGCACAACAACCAUCACCACUACAACCACAGAAUCUCCUACCACAACUACUACGGAGACUCCAACCACAACAACAACCAUCACCACUACGACAACAACAACAGAAACCCCAACCACAACCACAGAAUCUCCUACCACAACCACUACAUCAACAACAUCCACUGUAAGCCCAACCACAACAUCUCCUACCACAACCACUACAUCAACAACAUCCACUGUAAGCCCAACCACAACAGAGACACCAACCACAACAACCACU